AUGUCUCUGGCCGAGGAGAACCUGAAAGCCUACGCCUCGCGCGUGUCCUUCUCACCGGGAGACAUGAUGCAGCUGAGUGUUCCGGACGACUCGCAGACGGCCGUCGGGGCGCUGUAUAGCUUGAUUCACCUUCCCGCCAAUAAGAAGGACUGCAUGUUCUGGAGCGGAAUGGGGGUGGAGGGGACUCUCAAGGUGUUGAAGGAGGCUGGAUUCUCUCUGGAGAGUAGCAAGGUGGAAGGAGACAAGGAGGAGACGUUUCUGUGGGUCAUUGCUAUGAAGUAG